UCUCAGAGAACAGCAACACCACCGCUGCUGAAAGUGUGGUGAUGAUCCCAUGAAUGGCUGUCCAUUCUGUGCUUGAUAAGCUCUAGUGAGGAAUAGCCAGCCAGCUCUGUAGGUAAUAGAUUCCAUUGUCAAAGACCUCUUACCAUCAAUAAGAUUCUCCUCAUGUUCAACCAAAAUCUACCUCCUCCUAACUGAAGUCCAUUAGCUCUCAUCUUGCCCCCUGGGGCAAAGGAGAAAAUUCAAGACAAACACUGCCCUCUAACCUCUGUGUUUCUGACUAAAGGAGAAGAGGUGUAAAGGUCGGAUCAGCUGUAAACUUAGAAUGUAAACUCUCUGGAUUUUAAGGAGUGGUUUUUGGCAGCUCUUGAGUUGCCUAACAUGUAGCCUUCUUUCUUCCUAAGUCAGCACGUAACGGGGCAGCAAGGAGAGUGCCAGAAACACUAUUUAGGGAAGCGAGAGAACAGGAUAGAACGGCAGGGGGAUGUAAGGAAGCAAACAUUGAAGUUUGCAUUAGAAACCUGGGAUCUCAGGUUUAGGACCCUUGAGUAAAAUGGCCGUCUUGGCCUUCAUCUUUUUGUUGGCCUUUGUCCAAGCUGAAUCUGCAAGCCUUUUAACUUCAAGUCCCAUAUUUGGACCACGGCAGGUGACUGGCUUGCUUGGCGGCUCAGUUACCGUGAAAUGCUUUUACCCUCCCACUAGUGUGAAUAGACACAGCAGGAAGUACUGGUGCAAGGAAUCAACACGGCAAUGUUCAACCAUCAUUUCUAGCAAUGGCUAUGUUGCCAGAGAAUUCAAAGGCAGAGCCUUAAUAACAGACUUUCCAGAGAAUGGCAUAUUCACUAUAUUAAUAUCAGAGCUGAGAAGGGGAGACAUGGGGAUGUACAAAUGUGGUGUUUCACUAAAUGACAAUGGACUGUCUUUCAGAGUGAAGCUGGAUGUUUCCGAAGAUUCAACAGUUCCUGAUGAAGCUCAACUCAUUUAUGUUGAGCAGUAUGGAUCAGUGACUGUGAACUGUGACUUGGGUGCGCAAUAUGCAAGUGCUCGGAAGUACCUGUGCAAGAUGUCAAAGAAUGAUUGCUACACUGUUAUUGACUCGUAUGGAAAAAUUGACCCAUCCUACGAAGGAAGAGUUCUGCUGAGCUUUCUCGGGACUCCUGGAUCAUUCAGUAUCUUUAUGACUCAGUUAAAGAAGAAAGAUUCAGGGUCAUAUCUCUGUGGAGCUGGGAUUUAUGGGGCAGGGGGAGAAUCCAAGGAACUGGAUCUACAUGUCUAUGAAGGGGCUUUGGUGCCCAAAGGACAACCUGUAGCAAGAGGAGUCCAAGGUGGAUCAGUGUCUGUUGAAUGCCAUUAUGAUCCAAAAGAGAAUUAUACACGCAAACAGUGGUGCAAGUUAGAAAAAAACAGAUGCACUCCAUUAAUAAAUGACUUUGGGUGGGUGAUGGAUUCCUAUGAGGGAAGAAUAGUGAUGCAUGAUAACCCAGAAAAUGGAACAUUCACCAUCCUGUUGAACCAACUGAAUGAGAAGGAUGCAGGGUUCUACUGGUGUGUAGUAGAUGGAAAAGAGGAAAGAAGGUCAGCAACAGAGCUGAAGAUUGUAGAAGGGAUACCCAAUUUAGUAAUAGAUAAUGAGAUCAACGCUGUUGUCGGUGCCCCACUGAAACUAUCAUGCUCUUACACAUGUGAAUAUGCUGCUUAUGAGAAGUAUUGGUGCAAGUGGAAGAAUACUGGGUGUGAACCUCUCGUUUUAUCCACCCAAAAUGAAAAUGGCUUGGUGGUUAACUGUGAUGCAACCAAUAGAAUUUUGUCGCUGAACUUUGACCAAGUGUCACAAACAGAUCAAGGGUGGUAUUGGUGUGGAGUCAGACGUGGAAGUCACUAUGCAGAAACAACUGCAAUGCAUCUGGAAGUGCAAGAAGUGUUUCAAAACCCUAAAGAAGAUUCCAGUUCCGACAAAGAACCCAGUGAUGUUAUAAAUCCUAAAGUCGACCCAAGAAGCAGGGGCCUUCCCUUAAAUGAAGCUAAGGAGGCAACUGGAGUUGGAAGCCCAGUAGACAGCCAUGAAGAUAGUAAAACUUCCUCAGUUCUGGUCUCCACUUUAGUCCCCCUUGGAGUUGUGUUUCUGCUUCUUGUCGCAAUUGGUAUUGUUGUGAAGCGCAAGGUUUUCAAGCAUUCAGAUUUGGUCUCAGUUGGGAGCUACAGGACAAACAUCAGCAUGACAGAUUUUGAGAAUGUGAGACAGUACGGAGCAAAGGACAAUGUAUGCAUGGAAUAUGCUAAUGAGACCCAAUUAGGGAUGAUGGAUGAGAAUAUAACCAGUGGCAGUCCUAAGGAGACUGGUAAACCAAAGAAGACAAAGAGGGGCUCCACGGAGGAAAUUGAGAUGGCUUAUACCACAGUCCUGCUGAAUGAAGGCAACAAGACCCCUGCAAGAAGAGACCAGGAACAAUAGAGCUUUGCAGAUGGCUGAAGAGUUUCAUUGCAAAUGCUUUGGAAGACCGGUGGAAGCCAAUUAUGCAAUAAUGAGUAAAGGCAGCCUGUGAUUAGAAUAAGUAAAUAGCGAGCUAUGCUGAGAUGCUAAUAUUUCCACAAAUUGUCUCAGUUUUGCCACAUGCUAUACAAUAUUUCUUGAUCAGCAUAAACCCCUUUAAGGGUCAAUAGUGUCAUUUCAAAGUUAUAUAAAUCAAAUUAAUAAAGUUUUGUGAUUUAGGAGAAAUGUACUGAUGGUAAGAGCAGUUAAACAAUGGAAGCAAUUACCUAGAGGGGUGGUGGGACUCUCCCUCACUGGAAGUCCUCAAGCACAGGCUGGACAGUCAACUGUUAGAGGUGCUGUAGCUCUGGAUUUCCUGGAUAAAGCCUGGCGUUGAAUUCAAUCCCCUACAAAUCUGUGCUUGCUUGCUUGCUUGAUUUAUCUUCUUUCUCUCAUCACAUCCACACAAAACAUUUAAAGCCCUAUUACACCACUUUAGAAGUCAUGGAAAUUGUAUUUUGUUAUGGGUGCUGACCUUGCAGAGCUGCAUUUCCCAUGAGUCUUCAUGACUGUUAAAAUAAUACAAUGGUGCUUUAAAUGUAUGGUGUGGAAGCCCCCUGCCCUCUUUCCACUCUACCACAUUUCAGAGAUUUUCAUUUCAUGCAAUUUUAUUGAGAAAAUGUAAAACAAAACAAAAUGAAUCAAUAAUCAGAAAAGAAAUGAAACUAGCAUCACAUAAUCAUGCAAUCAUGAAUAGAAGGAAAGGGAUGGGGAGGAUGGGCGGGAACUGAUUCUGUACCUGAUUAUAUCUGUGAAACGCUGAAACAUUUUAAACUAAUAGGUAUUGAUGUUGAAACUUUGUACAAAUGUUGUGUCCAUCUGUAUACGAAAACAACAGCUGGAUUUUGCUGUUGGUGGACUCUAUAUAAUGAGAAAAAUAAUCGUUUAAAAAUUAAUUCAGUAAACGCAAAACAUAAAAAUAUAAUUUUUUGUUUGUGAGCCUGACUCUGUAGUCUAUAAUCAUCUGGAAUCAAGUGACUUUAUAGUUAUUUGUAUGCAAUGUUUUUGAGCAGUGUGUUUUGACAUAAAAAUAUCCUGAAUGUGAAUUUGGGAGUUGAAUUUGUUGCUGAUUUUGAGAGAGAACUCAUGAUUUUGAGAGAGAGCCACAUUGUCAAGAUCUGGAUAUAUGUAUCCAUUACUGGAUGAAGUGUUUACAUUUUACAACAGGGAGACAACCCUGAAUAGCAAAUGCAACAUAGUUCUGUUACACACUUGAUAGAGCAAACUGGAGUCAAGUGUUGAACACCUGGUAAGCACUCUUUUGUCCAUCAUUUUUGAUCUGUGGCCAUUUCAAUAGGAACCAAAUCAUUGGGAGGGGGGAAUAAAUUUUGCUUUGUUAAGAAUAAAAGGGGUUGAUGGCUCCUUUACUGUGCCUCAUAUAUUACAUAGUGAUAGAGUUUAAACCUUUGGUCACACUGCAAGGCUGUAGUACUAUAUCUAUUUUAUCAGUAGAUAUGAUGCUACAGUUCCUCCAAUUGUAUUCAUUUGGACAGAAUUUCAGUUUCUAUGCAUUAGAACUGAAAAGAAGUGUCAAGUUAUUUCUGCUGACAUUUGGUGAAUGCAUAUUCCGUGAGUUCGCUUCCCCCCUUUCCUCAUUUUAUCAGUUUUAGAUCAAAGCAGAAGCACUUCGGUGGUUGGCUGCUGUGAGAACAGGACA